AUGAAUCGCCGAGAUUAUCUCAAGAAGAAAGCUAUUAAGACAAACUCAACUGCAUGCCACAAUGCUUACAAAAGUCUUCGCAAUGAGAUUAACAAAAAAAUUAUGUAUGCAAAGCGAGAUUAUUACACAAACUGUGUUGACAGAAACAGAAAUAAUACAAAGCAAAUGCGGAAACAUAUUAAUCAGUUAGUUAAUAAAAAUUCUAGAUCAACAAAUAUAUCAGUACUACAAAUAGACGAACAGGUUAUUACUGAAAAUGAAACUAUAGCUGAUUUGUUCAAUGAAUAUUUUACUGAUAUAGGACCAAAUCUGUCGAACCAGAUCACGGAAACUAACACUGAUUUUAAACGUUAUAUGAAAUUUAAAACUCAACAUAAGUUCAAUUUCGAAAACAUUAAUAUCAAUGAAGUGUUAAAUGCAUUGGAGAAAUUAAAGACGUCUAAGUCAACUGGACAUGAUAAUAUCCCAGCCAAACUUUUGAAAGAUGCGAGUGAUGCCGUGGCGCCUUUUUUAGUAUUUAUUUUUAAUACUUCACUCAAACAUGGAAUUUUCCCUGAUGAUCUUAAGACUGCAAGAAUUUCUCCAAUUCAUAAAUCUGGUGACAAAAAAAAUCGAGGCAAUUAUAGACCGAUUUCCAUUCUUUCGAUUAUUGCUAAGUUAUUUGAGAAACUUGUCUGUACACAGCUCAAUUCCUUUUUAACUGAAAAUAAUAUUCUGAGUUUGUGUCAGUCUGGUUUCCGUAAAAAUUAUUCCACCGCAUCAGCCCUUUUAGCAAAUACGGAUUCAUGGUUACUUAACAUGGAUGCUGGGAUGAUAAACGGAGUACUUUUUCUGGACUUAUGUAAAGCAUUUGAUACGGUUGAUCACGGAAUUCUCCUAAGUAAAUUAUCUAUCUAUGGAAUCCAAAAUAAGGCCUUAGAUUGGUUUAACUCUUAUUUGCAUAACAGAACGCAAUACUGCAGGGUGAACAGUGCAACAUCGUCCACCAGGAAAAUACGUUGUGGGGUUCCCCAGGGAUCGAACCUUGGUCCCCUUUUGUUUUUAUUAUACGUCAAUGACCUGCCAAAUUGCUUGGAUAAAUCCUGUCCGGCAAUGUAUGCAGAUGAUACAAAUCUUACA